CCUCAACUUAGAAGCCACUACAGCCAUGAAGGCAGCCCUCGUCCUGCUGAUCUCUGGCGUGUUUCUUGUAGCGUACUGCUCUCCGCUCGCUGCUGCAGACGAUGGAGACGAAGUGGUGGAAGAAAUAGCCGAAAACAGAGACGCUGAUGACGACGAGACAGACAGCUUAACAGACGACGACGACGACGACAGCGGUGUUGAGGAGGGUCUAAGUGGAGAGAGCAGGCGGGCACUCAAAGGUGCUCACGCCCGUGCUGGCCACGCCAAACAUGCGAGGGCAGGCAGCCGACACGGUGUGGCCAGAGCCGGAGUCAGACCCCACGCCAGGUCAGGCGCUGCCCGCAGAGCUGCCCACAGCAGGUAGUCGCCACUGCUGUACAGGUGCCAGACAGCUGAGGUUCCAUCCUGGAGCUGCUUAUACUGCCCUGUACCCUGAA